GUCCGCCGUAAGCGUAGCAUGUUUUCGUGUCGCAAACAAAUUCGCGUUUGCCUCCACCGCGAAAAAUACGAUCGAUAACACAAAUCCGCGUGGAAAAAAAUACCGCCAGCCGAAUUAUUAAAAUCGAAUUGGCGUGCGCUCAGAAUUUAUUGAAUCGAUUUCGUAAGUGUCGAUUGAGAUACCGAAACAUCGCGUGACACCCGGCGUCAACAAUGUAGUCAUAGUGACAGAAAUUGUUGACGAAUUGACACACGUUCAGUGAAUUGUACAAAAUCAAUUAUAAUACGCCAAUUUACGAUGUUUGUUUAUUUUAUAAAAAAUGUUGAAAUUUAAGCGUUUGUUGUUAUUGAAGAGCAUUAUCGGGAAUCUAUUUUAGUAAUAAAUUUAUAUUCAUCGUUAAAAUGGGGAAUGGAAUGAAUAAGGUCUUGCCGGGGCUCUACGUGGGGAACUAUAGAGACUCAAAAGACCCUUUACAGUUGGAGAAGUACAAAAUAACGCAUAUCCUUUCCAUACACGACGCUGCUAGAAGAAUACACGCUGAUAAACACUACCUCUGCAUAAUGGCGUCCGACUCCCCGGAUCAGAACCUAACGCAGUAUUUCAGUUUGUGCAACGAUUUUAUACACGCGGCGCGGUUGAGAGACGGCAACGUUUUGAUCCAUUGCUUGGCUGGCAUGUCACGAAGCGUGACGGUCGCGGUGGCGUACAUUAUGUCGGUCACACCCCUGACCUGGCGAGAAGCGUUGAAAGUGGUGCGAGCAGGACGCGCUGUUGCCAACCCUAACCUUGGCUUCCAGAGGCAACUGCAAGAUUUCGAGACCUACAAGCUUGUUGAAGAACGAAGACGUCUGAAAGAACGGUAUCCAUCUCUCGCGUUAACUGACAGCGACAUCGCGGAAUGCCGUGUGAUGUUGGACUCUUACCAGACCAUGCUCAAUCAACGCACCAUUUGCGAAGGGAAAUGCUCAAUGGGUCGCCAGUGUCCCACGGGUGUAUGCAGAACUGGAUCAAAAAGGCAGCCAAGACCGCGGAGACCGUCGACAGCGUCCACUGUAGCUGAGCCCCCUGGUUUGAAGAGAUCGCCUUCUACAUUGUCUACGGCGUCCACCACGUCAAGUUACCGACCGCGAUCAUCACCAGCCGGACUUUAUAGUUAUACUGGAGUACCAACCCGACCAACGAGAUCAGCAUCAGGUUUGUCAGUGACGCGUGUCAUGGAUCCAGUAGGGGGCGGCUCAGGGAUGGCGGUGGGGGGUAGCGAGUAUUCUCGACGCCGAGCCGCCUCCGCCCCAACGACACCUGCUCUAUCACCUGCGUCGUCACCACCUGGAUCCCCUCAUAGACCGCCACAUAGGUCUCGGGCACUUCAAAGGUGUUCGUAGCACACACAGUCCCUUUCCCAACGUCCGCCUUCAAGGCGCCCAGUCACGUCCACGCGCUUUACUAUUAGUUGAGUCUCGCCGAGUCCAGAUAUGAAGCUGUGUUCAGAGUAAAUAAGUGUCAAAGCAGGCAGUUGGGUGAGGGAGUAGAAGAUAGAGAAACGGAGAAGAAAAGUGUCUCAUAGAACAUUAUAUUCGUCUUCUUGGAGAAGCGCGACCCAGAGUCACGUCCGCCGCUAGUGAUCUUAUUGUGAUUGCCACAUAGUGCUUAUAAACGCUAUUUGCUAAUAAACUAACGCUGCUUAUGGCCUUCAUAUUCCUAAAUAUAUAAUGGUAACUCUAAAGGCAAGGCGAAAUCAGGACGUCGAAGUCGCGUUCUGAGUGCCAAGUGUAAGAUUUUCUACCUAGGACGAUCGAAUAACGAUCGCGUGAGAGUUAACUACGAUUGAUAUGGUAUCGACUGAGCGCCCUCUAGUUACAAUACUGGGAUAUUAUGAAACUGAAGCGUAAUUUGUUAACUCCGUGAAAAUAGUUGCUAAGAAUAUUGUAAAGUCAACAUCUCCUGAAGAUGCUCCAGUGUC